AUGUGGGCCUUGGUCAGUGCCACCGUCGUGUAUGCUGUGGAGUCAGAGCAGCCAGACACAGACUUCGACUCAAUCCCUGCAGCCAUGUGGUGGUCCAUGGCCACCAUCUCCACCGUUGGCUACGGGGACAUGGUUCCUGAAACCGCAGCCGGAAAGUUCGUGGGCGGAGCGUCCAUGCUGGGCGGUAUACUGAUCACCUCGAUUGCAGUUGCUGUGAUCACCACCACCUUCACGGAGCACUACCAGGAUAAGUGCCGCAUGCGUGAGGCAAUGAGGUUCGACAGGAUUCAAAGACGAGAGGACGAAGAAGGCCUAGGCCCCAACGGCACACCGCCUCCGCAGUCUUCCAGAAGGGAAGCGGAGAAUCCGAUCGUUGCCUGGGAUUUGAUGGAGAAGGACGUCUUGAAGCACAUCAUUCGCUUAGAAGCGGAGCUUCUGGACAGACCACUCCGCGAAAGGAACACCAGCAACAGCAUGGCCAUACAGAUGCUGGAGGAGCAAGCGAAGAACUUCUUCAAGCAAGGGAAAAGCCUAACACAGCAAGUCAUGAUGGAAAAGGUGAGUCGCAUCACUGAGGAGGUUGCCGAAGAGCCUCCCGGAGAAAGAGGCUUAAGCAAAGCCAGCAUAAUAUCCAGUGUGUGA